AUGGAUGAGUUCACAUAUAUCUACAGUGAGUGGAGUGCUCUGAGUGACCCUGACAAGCUGCAUCCCAUGCAUAGAUUGCUAACUGUGGGAGCGGCAGCUGGUUCGUAUAGUCUUACCGGUUCACUCACAUUGACUGCUAUAAUAGGAGGCGCGUCUUCUGCCACCAAACGGAUGAAACAACUGCUUCCGCAGGGGUACACCAGCAGGUACCCAUUCUUGCUGCAGAUAGAGCAGUUGCAGCUGACGACUGGGUAUUCGGACAGUGGCGGUGACAGCGAAAAGCGGAAGCGCACAGCACCGCAGUGGCAACUGCCUUGGUGCAUGCUCUGCUCUGAUGUUGGGGUGGGGAAGAAGGACAUGAUGAUCGGUCGGUGGGAUUGGGAGUUAGUGACUGUCAGAGGGAAGUUUUGCUCUCUGCAACUACCUCGUCUUCCAGGGGAUUUGGGCUUCCUUUUGAAGGGAGUUAUAUUGCCAUCCCCGCAGAAAUCUGACAUCAGCGCGGAUGACCGCAGCUCUCCCGUUAAUAGGCUCAUGCUACGGAAGUCGCGUAUUCCCACAUAUAUUGAUCCGAGAUUCACCCUCUCUCUCCCGCCGGCAAUCAAGUUUUUCAGGCCCCUCUUAUACCUUACCACACUUUUGUCUAUUGGGUUGGACGCCAAAUCCGGUGAUGGAAUGGAUACCUAG